CCCAGAACUCCCCGCGCGCAUGGUUCAGGCAGGCUUCUUUAAGCUUUGGGAGUGUUUCCCAUUUAAACAAACAUAGCUAAUGCUGAAGAUGGCGGAUGCGUAGAAGUGGCUUAAAGAAACUGGAGUGUUUCACGGGAUACAUUUACACCGGUGCUGAUAUGUUUUAAACAUGAGUGGAGUGGGUGAGAACUCACUUGAGCCGUUGUGCUCUGACCGGAAGCGCAAACUCUCCACUUGUGACACACCAGGACAAGGAUGUGAUAAGCGCAGGAGGGAACAGGAGAGCAAGUAUAUAGAGGAGCUGGCCGAACUGAUUUCCGCCAACCUUAGUGACAUCGACAGCUUCAAUGUCAAACCCGAUAAAUGUGCCAUCCUUAAAGAGACAGUGCGCCAGAUACGACAGAUUAAAGAGCAAGGUAAAAGCUCAUGUGGUGAUGAUGAUGUCCAGAAGGCGGAUGUCUCCUCUACUGGUCCAGGAGUCAUCGACAAGGACCAUCUGGGCCCUCUGUUGCUACAGGCUCUGGAUGGGUUUUUGUUUGUGGUGAGUCGUGAAGGCAGCAUUGUGUUUGUGUCAGAUAAUGUGACUCAGUACCUGCAGUAUAAACAGGAAGAACUGAUCAACACCAGCAUCUACAACAUACUGCAUGAGGAAGACAGAGAAGAACUGCAUAAAAACUUGCCCAAAAGCAAUGGUCCAAACAGUGUGUCAUGGAGUGGCGAUGCUUCCCGUCAGAAGAGUCACACGUUUAACUGCCGCAUGCUGGUGAAGUUCGGUCAUGGCGGUCCUGGAGGUGAAGAAGGGGCCGGUGGACCACGCUAUGAGACCAUGCAAUGCUUUGCUCUCACACAGCCUAAAGCAAUGAUGGAGGAAGGGGAAGACCUGCAGUCGUGUAUGAUUUGUGUAGCACGAAGAGUGACAGCAGUGGAGAGGACAGAACGAUUCAGCACUAGACACGAACUAACAGGUAAACUGAUCGAGAUCGAGCAGCAGAGCCUGUUGCACACCACCAUGCGUCCUGGCUGGGAGGAUUUAGUGCGCAGAUGUAUGCAGAUGUUCCUGCAUCGCAGCGAGGGUCAGCCCUGGUCCUACAAGAGACACUAUCAUGAAGCAUAUGUUCAUGGCAGAGCAGAGACUCCACCCUAUCGGUUCUCUUUGUCAGAUGGCACUCCAGUAACGGCACAAACGCGUAGCGAGCUAUGCCGAAACCCUGUCAACAACGACCCGGUCACAUUCCUCUCUACCCAUCUUCUGCAGAGGGAGCAAAAUGGAUACAGACCCAACCAGGGUGGUGUAAUGCGAUCAGUUAUGGGCAAUGCAAAUCCGAAUGCCCAGAUGGGCAUGGGCAAUACCAGGGGCUACGGUAUGAACGAGCAAGGUCACAUGGGACCCAGAGGAGGACCUAUGUUCGGCCCAGCCAACAGGAUGAAUCAAAUGAACCCCAUGCAUCAGAUGAAUCAAAUGAACCAGAUGAAUUCAAUGAAUCAAAUGAAUAUGAAUCAGAUGAAUUGCAUGAAUCAAAUGAGCUCUAUGAAUCAGAUUAAUCAAAUGAAUCAGAUGAACUCUAUGAAUCAGAUGAACUCUAUGAAUCAGAUGGGCCAUCCUGGUAUGAAUCAGCACCAACAGGGUCAGUUUCAUGGUGGUGGCUAUGGAAUGGGCAUGACAAGUCCCUCACAAGGAAGCCCCGGUAUGAACCCUGCUCAGCAGAACCUCAUGGGGUCGCCACGGAUACGAGGGAGUCCUAAAAUGGGUGCAAGUCCUUUCUCACCUGGAGGCAUGCACUCUCCCAUGGGUCCUGUGGGUAUGGGUGGCAGUGGUGGAUCUUCUGGUCCGUCAGUUGGGAACACCUUCUCUAGCAGCUCACUGAAUGCCCUCCAGGCCAUCAGUGAAGGUGUUGGCUCUUCUCUACCUUCAGCUCUCAACUCACCUGCCCACAAAUCCGACAGCUCUCCCAGCAUCAACUCGACCCAGUCCAGUCAGCAAGGCCAGGCCAGCAACAACAAACCCAGCGCUGGUGACUCCAAGAGCCCGUCAAGUGCUCACAGCACAGGGUUGGAUCAACAACAGGCCUCUUCAUCGGAAACCACGGAUAAGCCAGACAGUCAGUCCAACAAGGACGGUUCCACUGGGGCGGAAGUCAACCGGAGAGUUCCUGAUGGAAAGGGCCACAAGAAAUUACUUCAGUUGCUCACAUCCCCAACUGAAGAGAUUGGGAUUGGGACUGCGACUGGUGGACCUGUCCCAGGUCGUGCCUCCACUCCAAUGGGUUCCGACUCAAAGGAGACAGGAAGUGGCAUGAUGAGUCCUUCUUCGACGGGGGUGUCCUCCUCAUCUGGUUCAUCAUCGGGGAAUAACCUAAAUCAGCAAAGCUCGGGAGGAGUGUCGUCUACAGCUUGUCCCAGUGGACAUCACGGUUCUCACACCUUACAGGAAAAACACAAGAUACUCCAUAAGCUUCUUCAAAAUGGAAACACACCCGAUGAGGUGGCUCGCAUCACAGCCGAGGCCACUGGAAAGACUUCUCUCGGUUCGGAGCACCCAGGCGCUGAAGGGAGGAAUCUGGAUCUCAAACAGGAGCAGCACAGUCCGAAAGAAGGAAAAAAGCCCCAAGCCCUUCUUCACUACCUCCUCAAUAAGGAUGACUCCAAAGAGCCCAAUGCCACAGAGGUCAAGCCAAAGCUGGAGGAGCUGGAAGGGAGAGGGGCCAAUGGAGGGCAGGGGUCAGGUGUCACAACCUCCAAUUCUAACAACCAGGAGGGCAAAGUCAAGACUGAACCACCCGAUGAGCUGGAUAACUUGGAGAGUAUUCUUGGAGGGCUGAGGAAUUCUGGUUCUGGAAUGUUUGCUGAUUCUGGAACUGGAGGGAUGGAAGGGGUCAAUAAGCAAGGCAAUGGACCUAACAGCACCGCACAUGACCGGGAAGUUGUUGGUAUGGGCUCUGGUCAGCGUGUGCCCUUCCAGAGAGCAGUGUCUGUCGAUGGUAAACCCUUGAGCGGGCCGGGCAUGACGGGUAGGAGGAGUGCCCCUUCCUCUCUCGUCAAACAGGAGCACACUGACAACCAGAUGGGCAUGGGAGGUCCAAACAGGCCAAUGGGAAUGCCCAAUCGGCCCCCUAUGGCAGGUGCGGGAGAUUGGGGAAUGUCUGGUUCCGCCAGCAGCCCUGUUGGACACCCUGGCAUGGGUCGUGCAGGCAUGGACCACAAUCCUAAGAGCAUGAUGGGAGGACCCAUGGUUAACCGAUCUAACAGCGUUCCUGCUACCAGAUCCAUGUUGCAGCAGCAGUUGAUGGAUAUGGGGCCUUAUGAUGUAGGAAUGGGUAUGAAUUCAUUCAGAGGGCAGGCACCUCCGCCACAGUCCCCUUCAUGGCCAGACAGUGGGAUGGGAAUGGAGGGACCACAAAAUGCAAACAGGCUGCCAUUUAAUAACUCUCUGGAUGAUCUUCUGGUCCCUCCGUCCACCACUGAGGGUCAGAGCGAUGAGCGAGCUCUGCUGGACCAGCUGGACUCUCUACUCAACAACACUGACGUCAUUGCUCUGGAGGAGAUUGACCGUGCCCUUGGCAUACCAGAUCUCAUCAACCAGGGUCAUAGUUCAGACCAGCCCCCUCCGACAGACCCCUUCUCUGGUCCUUGUCCGGGCCCUGACUCUUCUAUGGGUAUGGAGCCCAAGGGCAUGUAUGGGCAGGGCUACCCGGGCCCCCCAUCCAUGGGGAUGCAGGGCGGAUACGGCCCUGGUCCCAACCCCGGUCCUGGCCCUGGACCUGGUCCCCUGCAGGGGCAGUCUGGACCAGGGUUUAACCCCAUGAUGAGUCAGAUGAGCCAGCAGGGUGGUUUUCCCGGAAUGGGUGGUAUGGGCGCUAUGCAUCCUCGUGCUAACAUGAUGAGAGCUCGGAUGAGUACGGCCAAGCCGCUCAGACUACAGCUCCAGCAGAGACUGCAGGGACAGCAGUUUUUGAACCAGAGCAGGCAGGGCAUGGGGAUGAGGCCAGAUAACAACCCUGUUGGAAACCCUGGCAUGAGACCUAGCAUGCAGCAAGGCAUGGGUGGACAGCCCGGUUUUCUGAAUGCUCAGAUGAUGGCCCAGCGCAGCCGAGAAAUGAUGAAUCUUCAAACAGAGCAAAUGAGAAGACAAAGGAUGAUGAUGAUAAUGCAGCAGCAGCAGCAGCAACAGCAGCAGCAGGUUGCAGCCGGAGGCUUCAGUCCCCCUCCAAAUGUCACAGCUCCCACAGGAAUGGACAAUCCGAUGGGAGGACCCCCAAUGAACCAGCCUGGUCAGCAGGCCUUUAACUAUGGAGGCAACUAUGGUAUGGGCCAGCAGGGGGACCCUUCAUUUGUGGGAACAGGCAGCAGCCCCCCUAACAAUAUGAUGUCUGGUCGUAUGGGUGGCCCUCAGAAUCCCAUGAUGCAGCAGCACCCACAGAGCAAUCCCAUGUACCAAUCAGCAGAGAUGAAGGGCUGGGGACAGGGGCCCAUGCCUAUGAAUAAUUCAUACUCUCAGCAGCAGCAAUAUCCCCAGCAGGGGGCGCCAGGACAAUACGGGGGAAUGAUGAUGAACGGUUCCAUGCAGGGGGGUGUAAAUGGCAACGGUCCAGGGCAGAUGCCCCCAAUGCAGGGCCAGAUGGGCAUGAACGCCAUGGGCAUGGGACGCAUGCCAAUGGGACCCGAUCAGAAGUACUGCUGAGGCGAUGAGCCAUCUCUGUCAAAGCUGGAGUCUAACUCGGACUCGCACAUCAGUCCAGUGAGGAAAUGUCACCAUGAAGCUAUAAAAUACGCCUCGUAGAGGAGAAAUCACUGGAACUCUUCAGUGAAAACUUGACUGAGAGAGAGAAAAAGACAUCGAAAGGGAAAAAGAGAGAGACUCGAGCCUUCUCUGUGGGGGGUUUUCGGAAUAUGCCCAGUAGCAAGUGCAGCAGGCUCUCUCUCCUGUCCCACGUGGCUGUACUGCAGUACACAACAUAACCACCAGGGGAACAGAGUAGGAACGGUUGUGGUACAACUUGACAGUGUGGGGAGCACUUUAUUUUAAGGCUAGUACGGAAAAGGAUAGUUGCAAUAUAUUUCUUGCUUUUCUAGCCUUAUAGAACGAUUAUGUGCAUAUUGUCUAUUUUGACUUUGUUUCGGACAAGCCUUGUUUUAAUUAAAAACCGUGGGAAUUGUAAGCACCAGAACUUCAUCACUUACGCAUAUCAAAGCAAUAAUCCUCCUCUCAAUCCACCGAAGUGGUGUGUCAACAAAAAGCAAAUGGUACUGCAGUAUUAGACGGGAUUUUUUUCUUUUAUUUUUGUGUGAAUAAGAUUGGAAUUGUAAAUACUGUAUGCUACAUAUGUAUCAUACAUGCUUUUACUACAUACUUUUUUUGCACAGAGUUUGGGCCCGGUUAGGUCCAUCUUAUCUAUAUUUUAGGUCAAUACUGCUCUGGGUUUUACAUCUAUUCUAACUUUUAUCAAAGGGAGAAAAUAUUUUAUUUUUAUCUUUUCCAGCACAGCCUCUUUUUCUUUCUUUUUUUCUUUUUUUUUUUUUCCAACAAUGACCGCCAUUAUGUUUGGAUGGCACUUUUUUUUUAAUCGCAGAAAUGUUAUGCAGUGACGGUUUCAUCGUUUUUAUUUUCAUUUCCAUUUGUUGCUCUGACCGAAAAAAAUAAUAACGGUGCAAGUUUUCAGAUGAUGCGCAAAGAUUACGCUUGAUGUUGCUCUUUAAGCUAGCUCUUAUUAAGGAAAAUAACUCACUUUCUCACUGUAUCGUACUGUCGGUUCUUCGGAAAUCUACCUUUAAGAAACAUGCACAAUCCAAAGAUAUUUUUUCAGUCUUUUCUUUUUCUGUUUUCUCAAGUUUGAUUACAGAAAUGUAUCCAUUUAUAUAUGUUUUUGCGCAAAUGCGCAGAGUAAAAGGUACAUAUCAUAUGAACAUAUUACUACAUAUUAUGAUUUUGUACUAUAUACUGUAUACAUACAAAACCAAGUAUACCUGUUUAUUUUUAAGGCCAGUUAAUAUUUUAGCAGUAUUGUCUGUGCUUUUGGAGGGUUUCUCUAUCAUGCGGUUUCAGUUUAAGUUUUGUAAGAUUUUAAUGAUUAUGAAUUAUCUACAGAACUGCCAAGACAAAUUGUGACUACACACCUCGUUUUAAAACGUUUCUUAAACCACUUUUAAGAGCCUCUCGGAUGUGCUUUUUAAAAGUACGAGUAAUAAGGAAUCCAUUCUGACAAAGACGCUCAUCCGUGCAUCUCUGUAUUGCAGUGAUCCUCGGCCGCUUCAUUAGUCAAGUCUUUACCAUCAGUGACUUCAAAUAAUGCUGAUUCCCAUGUGCGGGAAUGAAAUACAAUGGGGAAACUAAUAAUAAGACAGUCUCUUCAGUCUUUUCAGGAAAGCAACUAUCAUUUGUGUUCAUUUCACUAGAUUACUGUUGAUUGUGACAAAGUAUAUUUUGAAAUGAUAAUUCCGGGAAAUUGAGGUUAUUCUGGUGUGUUUUCAGAACUGGUUGACGGAGGGGUGUGAACAUGGAAGAUAAGCUCACAUUUUACAGGAUGUAAAUUACAUUACACUUAAUUAUUUUGCUUGAUGUUGAUAUUGUUGUAAAUAAAAAUUCUAUUUAAACGUGA